CCCUCCGGUCCCCCAUGGCCUUCUCCCCCUUCUACCUUGCACAAUCCUGACCUGGUGGGGGGCGGGAGGAAGGGGUUGAAACAUUGCCAACUGUUUUGCAGAAGGAGUUGCUGGCAAUUGCCUCACACUUCCUGGAUUUAGCAAAGGAUGGACCAGCCCACCUGAGGGCGAGGCAGCAGCCAGGCGGCCCGUAAAUAGUCCCCCGGUUGGGCUCCACAGCAGUCCACCUCCUUCUCCAACACCUGCCAGCCCAGCAGCUGUCCUGAAGCCAUGGCCCUGGGUCUGCUGUGUCUGGGCCUCACCCUGCUGGGGACCCUGCAGUCCCAGGCCCAGGACACCACCCCAACCCUGAUCCCGAGCCCGCCUCUGAGCAAGGUCCCUCUGCAGCCAGACUUCCAGGAUGACCAGUUCCAGGGGAAGUGGUAUGCCGUAGCUGUGGCAGGGAACGGAUUUCAGAAAGAAAAAGAAAGCCAGUCAAACAUGUACAGCGAUACCUACGAGCUGAAAGAUGACCACAGCUACAACGUCACUGCCACCCUGCUCAGGGGCCAGGCCUGUGACUACUGGAUCAGGACGUUUGUCCCAAGUGACCAGCCCGGCCACUUCACACUGGGCAAUUUACCACGCUACCGUACAAUACAGAGUUACAUCGUCAGAGUGACAGCCACCAACUACAAUCGGUUCGCCAUAGUGUUUUUUCAGAAGACGUCCAGAAACACAGUGUACUUCAAGACUGUUCUCUACGGGAGAACCAAGGAGCUGAGCCCUUCCGUGAAGCGGCGUUUCGUCAACUUUGUCAAGUCUCUGGGCCUCAGUGAUGACAACACCGUUUUCUUUGAGCCCAUUGACAAGUGCAUCGAUGGCUGACUGGGCAAUGCUUCCUGUCUCUACACCCCUAUUCUUCCCGUCGCUCUGCCUAAAGUGCCAGCGGCCUGCUCCACCAGCUGCAAUGCCCUAACAGAGCUGGAAGACCCUUCCUAACAGCGCAGUGCUGCCCGCCCGUCCUCCCCAAAGCCGCCCCACCGAUAGAGCCCUCCUUGUCUGCUGAAUAAACAGAGUCCCCGCCUCUGAAUUCGUUUUCCUGGUCCCCUGGGAA